AUGUCAUGCGACCACGAUGCCAGCAACAACUUGAGCGAAAUGCACGGAGAGCUCUUCCUGCCCUGUAACAUGCCAGAACCACCGAAGAAAAACUUCUUCACCAACCUCUUCACUGGCAGCGGCCUCUCACCAGCCGACAGGGAUGUUCUGUUUGGUGAGCAGCAGUCAGGGAAGUCGACCAGCGGAACUGCCGCCCUGCUUCCCUCGGCUCGAAUGGACCGACUCGGAGCACAGACGGGCGGCGCGACGUCUGAGAUCGCGCGAGCGCGCAACGCUGCCAUCGAACGAGGCGAGAAACUCGGCCAACUGGACACCCAGACCCAGGAGAUGAUGGACCAGUCCAAGAACCUCAGCAAAACCGCGGCUCUCCUCGCAGCCAAGUAUGAGAAGCAGGACAAGUGGUGGGGUGUCUGGCCACGAUGA